UGCUGGGAAAUGUACGAAUAAAAUGUGCACCGUGUAUAUUUGUAUAUUUCUCAUUUCACGUGGAUCUUGCACUUUCAGUUUUACUUUUUAUGUUUAAUUUAUAUGGUUACUUUCCAUCAUGUUGUGUCAAGUUAUGUCUCACGCUUUACGAAGUAUACGAUUAAAAAAUUUUAAGCACGGACAUGCUGUUAAACAUUUUUAUGCAAUAAAAAAAACUCAACCGGAGAUUUUUAGUAAACCUCUCUUUCGUCACAAAAGUAAAACCAGCGAAGGAUUUUUUUCCUCUGGAAAUGUUGUCAUGGUUACAGGAGUUGGUCUGUUGACUGGAGUGAUGUUUUAUGGAGCCUAAAGUAUAGCCCCCUAGCAAGGAAGUGUACAGAAUGCGUACUGAUAUGUCACAUCUGUAAUGGCAUUUUAUUUUGAAAAGUUGGGGAAAAUUCCUAAGCUUUCGAAGGAAACUACUGAACUGCUAAAGAAAACUAAUUUUGAUGAAUCAGUUCAGGCAAACAAAGUUCUUGUUGUGGAAGAUGAAAAGGUUGAUAUAAAUCCUGCUGAUGAAAACCUUCCUGAACAUGUUCCUUAUAUUUUGAUUGGUGCUGGUACAGCAUCAUUUGCUGCUUGUCGAGCAAUCAAGAAAGAACAACCUGAUGCUAAGAUUCUUAUCAUUGGUCAAGAGAAAUAUUCUCCCUACAUGCGUCCUCCAUUGUCUAAAGAAUUAUGGUAUAGUGAAAAUGCAGAAUCAAUGAAAACCUUGAGAUAUAAAAAUUGGAGUGGGAAAGAGAAAAGUUUGUUCUAUCAAAGUGAUGAUUAUUACUGCAAGCCUGAUGAAUUAAUAUCAUCAAAAGAAGGUGUAGCAUUACUAACUAGAACUAAGGUUAUUGCUGUAGAUUCUAAAAAUCACAAAAUUAAACUACAUAAUGGGAAGGAAAUAAGUUAUGACAAGCUUUUGUUAGCAACAGGUGGCACACCAAAGAAUCUUAAGGUCUUAGAAGAAGCUAACAAUGACGUGAAGAAAAGAACAACUCUAUUCAGAUCAAUUUCAGAUCUUCAAUUUCUUGAUAAUGUUUUACACAACUCAAAAUCAAUAGCAAUAAUUGGUGGAGGAUUUCUUGGUAGUGAACUUGCAUGUGCUCUUGGUUAUAGAGGGCAAAAGACUGGAUGUAAGGUUACCCAAAUAUUUCCUGAGGAAGGUAACAUGGCAAGAGUAUUACCCCGAUAUCUUAGUAAUUGGACAACAGAAAAUAUUACUAAAGAAGGCGUUACUGUUCUUCCUCAAUGUCAUGUUGAUAGUGUGAAGUAUAAAAAUGGAAAAGUUACUCUAUUUUUAAACAACGACAGAGAGUUAGAGGUUGAUCACGUCAUUGUUUCUGUUGGUUUGGAAGCAAAUGUUGAUUUGGCAAAAUCAGCGAGGCUUGAAGUUGAUCCAGAGUUGGGAGGAUACAGAGUCAAUUCUGAACUUGAGGCGAGAUCAGACAUUUGGGUCGCUGGAGACUCCGCUUGCUUUUAUGACAUUAACCUAGGACGUCGUCGUGUUGAACAUCACGAUCAUGCAGUGGUCAGCGGUAAACUUGCUGGCAAAAAUAUGACAGGCGCCAAGCAGUCGUAUUGGCAUCAAUCAAUGUUUUGGAGUGAUCUCGGACCAAAAAUUGGUUAUGAAGCCAUUGGUUUAGUAGAUUCAAAUUUACCAACCAUCGGAGUGUUUGCUAAAGCAACUGACAAAGAUUCUCCGAAAGCCGUUGUAGAAACAAGUGGAGAAGAUUUUAGAUCAACAACCGAAGAAGAGGCAACAUCGGAGUUUUCUCAAGUUUCUAAUGUCUUAGAUAAAGCUGAAAAUAGAAAGUCACUUAAAGAAGGGUUCGGAAAAGGAGUAAUAUUUUAUAUGAGAGAAAAACGAGUUGUAGGAAUCGUUCUUUGGAAUAUUUUUGAAAGAAUGAAUAUUGCAAGGAAGAUUAUAAUGUCAGAAGAAAACCAAGAUGAUUUGUAUGAACUUGCUAAGCAUUUCAAUAUUUAUUCAUAAAUAAGAAUGAAAAUAGAAUUGGUAACAAUAUUAAAAAAAGAUAGAAUUUUGUGAUGAUCUUUUUA